AUUGAUUGGUAUUGCGUGAAAGCUCAAAAUUUUAAGCUGGGAAGUACAAUUUUAAUGGUUGAGAGCUGUGAUAAGCCAAUGAAGGCAAUUUGCGAGGUUCGUGUAAUGGCAGAAUCGUAUUUGCAAGAAGUUUAUAAUGAAUGCAAAUUAACCCAUCAAGUUUCACAGCGAGAUAUCAGUAAAUUCAACACCAUUGACGUGGACAGUUUUUCUUACAAAAUGAAGUGUUUUUCAACAUGCAUGGCAGAACUUCUGGGACUGAUAUACGAUGGAAGUAAAUUUUGGGAGGAGAGGAUAGAAAAAUUGCUGAGCACUUUUAAAAUGCCUCAAGUCUAUCAGGAUUUUCGUGCAAUUGCAGAUAAAUUCUCAUUAAGUCUUCUUAAGAGAGGAGCGGAUAAUUUAGAUACCCUUCAAUUGAUUCAUAAUCAACAAAGCAAAGAACAGGCUUAUAAAUCGACCCUUUUUGUAACUGAAGCACUCGACAGGUUUUGGGAAUGCGACCAGAGAAUGAAAGACUAUAAUUCGAAAGGAGAGUGUUCUUUCAUACACGACUUCAUCAAAUGCUUCACUAAUAAAUCUGAUUCACUGGAAAAAUUUUGGAACAAAGAUUUCCAUAGCAUAUUCGAUCCAAAAGAUUACAGCAGAAUGAAGCCAAUGGAUUUCGUGUAUGGUCUUCUGUCAAAUCCCAAAAGCAGAAUAUCUUUACAGGUGGUGAAUAAAAUAUCUUAUGCUGAGGAAGUAAUCAGCUCGGGCUGCACCUACCGAUAUUUGCGACCGAAAAUUUUGACUUUAAAUGAUUCUUGCUUUGCGAUAAAGGAAAAUUUCGUACCGACUCCCGUGAAAAACGUUUUUAUGUAUAAACUGGUCAACAAAGAAAAUCGCUAUCCUCCGUUGGUUGCAGCCUCCACAUGUAAUCGAGCAAACGGAAGCCUCGUCACAGUGACAGACUCCAACAUCUCUAGCAUGAAAGUUCUUUUCAAAUUUUCGCAGAAUGAAACCAAGAGCAGUUCGAACAAUGAUUAUGUCACGGAUUUCGUUCCUGACACGAUUCUCCUGGAUGAGACUUAUUUGGAUUCUGGAAACGUUACCCGCUGGUGCAGCACCUCAGAGGAGGUUCCCAGCUCUUUGUUUAUACCAUACCAAGAUAUAAGCUAUUAUCUCUUCCUAAAUUAUCACGUUGAAACUGAUUCCGUGGCUAUUUUAACCAGCAUUGUCUACCUAGAUGAAAAUAUAUGUGACGUGGCCACAUUUUUCUGCGCAUUUGAUGAGUCAUUUUUAACUCUGUGCAAAAAGAGGAAUUGAAAGAGAGUAAAAAAAUGUUUUGCUUUCAUCUUUAUUCGUGUUAUAAUUUAGAGCUCAAUGAGGGAAAAUACAAUUUCGGCAGAUGGUCGUAUUAUUUCCAUUGCGUGUUACAAUUUUCCAGGUUGUGGGAUUUUUUGGUUCGCCUCUUUCGAAAUUAGGAUUAAAGA